CCUGCACCGAUGAACACUUCCACCCAGCUCACACUGAGCAGACUUCGAGGUGAGCGGCGAUAGAGGGAGGGCUACAGGGACAGACACGGACUCUUUCUGCCUGCCUUUGGGUACAAACCCCGAGCAGAGCACUGCAAUGUUUUCACUACCGGGCGGCGACUAACGGAGCAGCUCAACUUUCCGCUGCCUGUUCACGGGAGCGUUCCACGAAUUUACCCCACCAGGAGCCUGGAAAACCGAGGCAAAGGAAAGAGGAGGAGAUCCGACAGUACACACAUAGAGAGAGAAGCCAGGCUACUACGUAUAUCCCUCCCAUUAGCUCCGUCUGAAAGCUCGGCUUCAGCCUCCAGGAUGUCGGAGCGCGGAGGGCUUCCGCGGACUGGGGGCGUCCCAUCGCCGCACAUGCAGCCCUCCAAGCCGGUCAGCAUCACCUCCAACCGGCCGGUCCAAAUGAACCUGUACGCUACCUGGGAGGUGGACCGCUCCUCACCCAGCUGCGUGCCGAGGCUGUUCAACCUGACUCUGAAGAAGCUGAUUAUGCUAAAGGAGCUGGAUAAAGACCUCACCUCUGUGGUCAUUGCUGUCAAACUGCAGGGCUCCAAGCGGAUCCUGCGCUCCAAUGAGAUUCUGCUGCCCUCAGCAGGGCUGACGGAGACGGACCUGCAGCUCACCUUCUCUCUUCAGUACCCACACUUCCUUAAAAGGGACGCCAACAAGCUUCAGAUCAUGUUGCAGCGACGGAAGAGAUACAAGAACCGCACCAUCCUGGGCUACAAGACCCUGGCCCUGGGACUCAUCAACAUGGCAGAGGUGAUGCAGCACCCCAGCGAGGGGGCUCAGGUCCUGGGGCUCCACAGCCAGCUGAAGGAUGCCUCGGUGCCCGUCGCUGAGGUCAGAGUCUACUCCCUGUCCAGCCAGCCCAUCGACCACGAGGGACCCAAAGCCAAGAUGUCUGAUCGUUCUCCAGACAUCGACAACUACUCUGAAGAAGAGGAGGAGAGCUACUCGUCCGAACAGGAGGGCAGCGAUGACCCCAUUCCUGGACAGGACCUCUAUGAUGAGGAAGAGGAGGUGAGGAAGAAGAAGCCGAGACGUAAGCUGCCGUCCAACGCUGCCAUCACCAGACAACCCAACAUCAAGCAGAAGUUUGUUGCCCUGCUGAAAAGGUUCAAAGUCAUUGACGAGGUUGGUUUUGGUCUGGAGCACGUGUCCAGGGAGCAGAUCCAGGAGGUGGAGGAGGACCUGGACGAGCUCUACGACAGUCUGGAGAUGUACAAUCCCAGUGACAGUGGGCCGGAGAUGGAGGAGACCGACAGCAUCCUCAGCACACCCAAACCUAAACUAAGGCCGUUCUUCGAGGGCAUGUCACAGUCCAGCUCACAGACGGAGAUCGGCAGUCUGAACAGCAAAGGCAGUCUGGGCCGAGACACUUUCAGCCCGCAGGGGGAGCAGCCUCCUAUAGAGAAGAUGAAGCCCUCUCGCAGCCGCAAUCUGGAGGAGACCCUGUCUGAGACGGACACACUGGAGCUAACGGAUCAGGAGCUGUUUGCUGAGGUGGGCCCCUGCAUCAUGGUGUCAGUGGCAGAGAAACCCCGUACACCCAUGAAGAGCAGCAAAAGUGAGACCCAGACCAUGCCAUCACCAAGGUCAGACGGAGGCCACACCCCACGGCAGAAGCGCAGCAGCACCCCCAUGAAGGAGAGGCAGCUGUCCAAACCUCUGAGUGAGCGGACCAACAGCUCGGACUCGGAGAGAUCCCCGGAGCUGGGGACUGCACACAGUACGCCGGUCCUGAGGAAGGCAGUGUAUGACCAGCUGAACCAGAUCUUGUUAUCGGACUCGGCGCUCCCAGAGAGCCUGAUCCUGGUCAAUGGGACGGACUGGCAGGGGCAGUAUGUUGCAGAGCAGCUCCAGGUACAGAGACACCCGGUUGUGUGCACAUGUUCAGCGGCUGAAAUCCAGGCGGUGCUGUCUGCUGUGCUCACUCGCAUCCAGAAAUUCUGUAACUGUAACUCGUCCAUGCCCAGACCGGUGAAGGUGGCGGCAGUGGGCAGCCAGAGUUAUCUCGGCGCCAUCCUGCAGUUCUUCGUCACUCAGCUUGCCAACAAGACGUCAGACUGGCUCAAUCACAUGCGCUUCCUGGUGGUGCCUCUGGGCUCCCAUCCGGUUGCCAAGCACCUCGGCGCCCUUGAUAACCGUUACAGCUCGUCCUUCCUGGACGGGGCAUGGAGGGACGUGUUCAGCCGCUCCGAACCACCGCAGACAGAUCAGUUGGACGUAGCGGGAAGAAUCGCCCAGUACAUCAGUGGAGCCACAGUCACACAUCAGCUGCCCAUUGCUGAGGCCAUGCUCACCUGCAAACACAGGACACGAGAUGAAGACUCCUACCAGAAAUUCAUUCCUUUUAUUGGGGUAGUGAAGGUCGGUCUCAUAGAGUCCAGUCCAUCUCCAGCAGGAGACACGGAAGAGGGCGUGCCUGUGAGCUUGGCUGUUCCCUCCACGUCUCCUCCCUCCCAUGGCUCCCCCACAGGGAUGAUCAAGGAGGCGGCCACUCCCCCCUCCUCCCCUUCCAUGGGCAGCGUCCUGACAGUACAAGGGAGUCCCAGCAUGUCCCACGGUGUGGACGCCAUCGGCCUGCAGGUGGAUUAUUGGCUGGCUUCGCUUGCUGAAAAGCGACGGGAGGGUGAGCGACGGGACACAGGCUGCAAGAACACUCUGAAGAGCGCCUUCCGCUCACUGCAGGUCAGCAGGCUACCAGGAGGGGGCACCGGUGAUCCACAGACCCAGGUCAGCACCAUGGCCAUGACUGUGGUCACCAAGGAGAAGAACAAGAAAGUCCCCACCAUCUUCUUGGGAAAGAAGCCCAAGGAAAAGGAUGUCGACUCCAAGAGCCAGGUCAUUGAAGGCAUUAGCCGACUCAUCUGCUCUGCCAAGCAGCAGCAGACCAUCCUGAAAGCAGAGUUUCGGUGUCUCUCCUCUGUUUCUAUUCAAGUGUCCAUAGACGGCGUGGAGUGGAAUGAUGUCAAGUUCUUUCAGCUGGCCGCCCAGUGGCCCACUCACGUCAAAUACCUACCUGUCGGACUCUUUGGCUACAGCAAGCCUCCCUCCUAGGGGUGAGCGCCCCUUAACUUCUCUGACCCUGACUUGACCUUUGACUCCCCUCUUUCCUGUCACACCUUCACGCACAUCCCCGGCCUCUCGGCGCCUGCAGAGCUGAGCGAAGACGUCGAGUGGCUGUUUUUCUCUCUUUAAUUUCACAGUUUUGUUGUCAUGUUAUUUCUCUCUGGGGAGGGACAGGAGGAGGGCGGUGUUGGAGCGCCGCGCCGUUACUAGUCACUUUAAUGCUCCUUUUGGUGUGUUUGUGUGUGUGGCAAAUGCACAUGCACACGUGAAUGUACAGUGUGUGUAUGUGUGUUUACAAGGGGCGUACAGCACAAGUUUAUUAGCUAGCUGCCAUUUAUGUUUCCAUUCUGUGGAAUGCAACAGCAUGCAACAAGUCACUGAUUUCUUGCCCUUAAAGUCUGGCCCUCAGCAUUUGACCCCUGACCUUCAGUGAAACCCUUAAGGUCGCCUCUGAUCCACACGUGCAUGGUCCAUCCUAAGAGAUACAUCACUCGUGUGCCAGAAACAGCAGCUCAAAAUAAAAAGUAAUGGAACAGGUCUUCAGCGUUUGCAUGAGUUGAAAACACUCUUCUCUGCUGACAAAUAUAAGGCCAGCAUGUGACGACGUUCCUUCAUCAUAAACCGUACGGAUCAUCCUUCAAAACAGGCCCAUUCAUUUGUUUUUAUUUCAAGGGCUUCCAUAUAACAGUUUUAAAUAUUUUCUGUACCAAAAUAAGUCAUUUGGAUGUCUUUAAUGAUGUUCUUUAAAAAAGGGGGAAGAUAGGUAUUACUGGGAAGUGACUUUUUAAAGUUGUGCUCUUGUGAAAAAUUGUGAAAUCUUCCCUUUAAUGCUGUUUUGUGAUGCAUAGUUUUUGUGAAGAGUUGCAGGAUGUCAGGACAGGGGCUACUGUACUGUGCCGUUUUCUUUAUCUUCUUAUUUGCUAUGCACUUACACAUGGACCUGAGUGUUUGCAGCUGAAAUACAGAUUAACCCUCUCAACAGCAGACCCGACCAAAUAUGCAACAGGAAACUCAACAAAAUACAUAAUUAAACCAUCCAAAACUCAACAGCAUCGGUGGAAAUAUAAUGAGGGAAAAAAUAGUUUCCAAACAUAAAUCUUGCUUUUCUGUGAAUAUCUAUAUCGCAUGAGUGGGAGUUAAUCGCCUGCAAUAAAGCACAAUGUUGACACCGGGUGUCCCAUAUACAUCCUGACUCUAUUGAACAGGCAGCUUUGUCUUCGGUAAAAACAGCAGACCUGGUCAAAAAUGUUCCUGCAUUUCCAUUUCUCCUUAGUUUAACACAAAAGCAAGUAUUUGGGUUCCAGUUACUUUGGCACAGGUCUGCCACGUGCUUUCUCUAGGAUGUCAUGAGGUCAUUUGUGCAUCUACAGUAUCUGGUACCAAGUGUGAAAUAAAUGUAAUGUGGUCAGGAGCUUAGUUUAAAAAAAAAAAAAAAAAAAAAAAAAAAAAAGUACUGCGUAGAAGAAAUUGUUUUUAUACCAUGUGACAGAGGGCAUGCAAUCGGUGUGUGUGUGUGUGUGUGUGUGUGUGUGUGUGUGUGUGUGUUGGCACUGUGUGGUGCUGAUGUGGUCAUAAUAUCACUGACUAUGAAAUUCAGGCUGCAAACGCUGCAGUGGUCACCGUGUUUACUUUGUAGCUUGGCACAAGGCGAAUGCAAAUUUUUACAUCACUAAACAAACAAACUCACUAAAGCAUGUUCAUUUUCACUGGGAAAAAAAAGUUAUUCAACUUUAUUAUAAAUCCAACAAUGUAUCUGUGUAAGUGGUUUGUAAUAAUAAGUAACUUUUUCAAAGGCGGAGGUCACCAGGUCUGGGUAGCUCUGCCUCGUGUCACCUACAUCGUAACGUUCUAUAUCUCCAGUGAAGUAUUAGCAGAGUAGUUUUUUUAAAAUAGUGUUAACGCCAGCGUCUUCAUUUAAAUGCUGUUUUUGUUUGUUUGAAAAUAGAUUAGAACGUGUUACAUUCAGCAGCAUGUCUCAGGCUUGCCUACAGCACCAGGGUUCAGAGCUCAUCUGCUUGUUCACUCACUGAACAAACACUCAGUUUGAUGUUGAUUGAUUUGAAGUAUUUCCAAAUAUUUGAAUGUAUUCAAAUUAGUUUACACGGGCUGUCUGGUAUCUUUGCAAAACACUGAUUUCAAUGGACUGGUGGAGUUACAGUGUCACUGUAAUAAAAUCAUUUAGUUAUUUAGCCCAAAACAGACUUCAGAGGCUUUUUCACCGCUCCAGUGCAGUCAUUUGCAAGUCCGCAUGAAGUGGGCUUUUUGAAUGCAGCCUGCCCAAAACGUGCUGUUUUUCCACUUGUGUUGCUGACAACCUGAAUAUCCUGAAAUAUCAAGUGAGUGUUGAUGUACAGUGGUUUCAUGUAGAGCUUAGUUGAUCCACACAGAACAGGAGUCUAACUAAAGAUUAAGACCUUUGCUAAGAACUAGUACAAUCAUGUUGGUGUCGCUAAAAUAUCCCAUAUUUAUAAAGGAUUUAUAAUUUGCCAGUAAUGACUUUAUUAAUGUUAAUAAAUAAUUUUAAAGAGAGCAUUUAUGUUCAGGAUUGAGCAUGAAUGGAAAGAGCUUUUGUGUUGCCAGGUUUUGAGACCAACUUACUUGAAGUAUCCCUUUUAGUUUGUGUACAAUAUAUCCUCGCCAUGUUUCAAAAGCUGCACUUGUCUAUAUUUUUAUAUUAACAAUGGGUCUAAUGACUGUGCUUAAUGUGAAAGUGUAGUGACAAACCCACAGAGAAUUGACACCCAACUCUGUAACUCCCCUCUGCUCUGCAUAGCGUUUUUGGCAUCUUUCAACUCAUUGUUUUGGUUUUAGCGCCUGCAACCUUACUGUUUUCGGUUCACUCUCUGCUGUCAAAAGCUUUAAAAUUCCACUCUGCUCUAUCUGCUCAGAAUUGAACACUACAGUAAAUCAGACCUGAAAGGAGAAUGAAUAUUGGACUCGUAUUCACCAGGUGGAUGGAAAUACAACUCGAAAUGAAACCAAAUGUUUGCUGGAUGUGUGAACUGGCAACUGUUUUCUAACAUUUACUUAAAACUUUAUAAAGAGAUAGUAUCUCAAUGUUGUGCUUAGCUAGACAUGCUGACCCUCCAAGUGGUCAAAUCAUGUACAUACAGCUAUAGGUUAAAAUGUUGGGUCAUUACGAAGAGAAUUUCUCAACUAAAGGUGUUGGUAGUAAUUAUGCAUUUUAAUAAGUCAGAUUAAACUGGUCAAAAGGAAAAGCCGUAGUUUAAUUAAGAAAUAAAGUAACACUGUUGCAGGAUAUAUUGUAGCUGAACCAAAGGGAUCCUUCACAAAAAUGUGGCAACCCAAAACUCAAUUUACUGUUUAGUUCCUUUAUAUGACUCUGACCCUUAAAAAAAGUCAUAGUGGUGAAUUAUUACGUUUUUAAAGGUGUGUUUUAUUAUGACAGAGUACUACAUUUUCAAAUUUAACAAAUGAAAUAUUAAAAGAAGUAAUUCCAAAAUGGUGAUGAUUGAACUGAAAUUGGAUUCUGUAAUAUUCCACUAAAAGAUGGAUGUUAAUUACAGGAUCAUUACCAAACUUAAGAAGUGAAGAUUAUAUUCUGAUUGAGGAUUUUUGGGGUGUUUAAACACAUUAACAACAAAGGGAUCUUUGUUCAUUGUCAUCAUUUCAGUGUUUGGAUGAACUCGAUGCUUUUCCAUCUCAUUCUUUCAUUUUUCAGCACUUUUCAUUUCAUCCAUUCAUCCCACUCUUAGUGUUUUCCCAGUCUCUUUGAAAAUGCUGGUCUGUAUGUAAAUCUUGAACUUGUUCCUGUGUGUUUUUACCUGUACCUCUGUACCUGUGAUGCUGUGACAAUGGUUCCUCUGUCCUUGACUAAUCGUGGUUAGAGAUUAGGAGCUGUUUGGUCCAUCAGUAAUCUCUGUCAGCAGUGGCGUUUCUCUCAACCAUCCUCAGAAAUAUGUCCUUCACCAGGCUUCCACAAGCUUAGCUUUCUGAAAUCACCUGAAGAGAUAUCGUUCCCAUUCUCUCACAGCUUGUAAAUUUGCCGUCUGCCCUCAUGGGAACAGUAUUUGCCUAUGGAAGUAGUAGAAUUCUGCCUGACGUGGUUCUGCUCAGAGCAGAAUGUCCUAAGCUUGUGGACUUGUGAAGAGUAUUUUGCACAUGCAAUUGUUUCUUCAGCAGCAGUCUUCAGCUUUUUUCGCCUUUUGCCUCUGACAAUAAUUAUAAUAAACUAUAAUGCUUGUACAUAUCAAAUAGUACUUGUUAUAUUGUAUUUAGUUCUUUUUUCUUUUUUUAUUUGUCAUGUUUUGUAGUACUGCUUUUUUAUGUUUGUCAAACAGAUGUGGGAUGAAAAGUGUUCAUUGU